CGUCAAGGUCAGCCCAUCAGCUAUACCUAGGUAGCUUGAAGGUAGAAGUCGCCUCUGAGGCACUCAGCGCACACAUAAAUCUCUCACGAGUCACUCGGCCACAGCCCAGGAGGGCUUGCUACCACGAUGCAGUUUUCCUCGAAAUCCUUCCGCUCCACGCUCCCCAAUUCGCUCGCCGCCAAAUACCGCAAAGCGCUUCAAAAGCACCCGUUUGCACUCUUCGGCCUCCCCUUCCUGGCAACAAUAGUCGCCGGCUCUUUCUUACUCACACCGGCCACUGCGCUGCGCUAUGAGAGAUAUGAUCGCAAAAACCAGCAAAUAAGUCAAGAGGAAGCGAUGGGCCUGGGUCAGAAUCGCAGGAAGGUCAAUAUGAAAGACGAAUACUAUCGACUACAAGCAAAGGAUCUCGAAGACUGGGAACAGAGGCGCGUGAAGCGCCUACCCGGCGAGCCAGACGGCACACUUGUUUGAGUUGAUCGUUCAAUAUAAAAGGGCGUUGUGGGAUACAUGGAGCAUACUGGCCAACACUUCUGGUCCUCUCGGCGUUUGGUGAUUCGAAAGGUGAACUUCUCAACUUCUACAGGCUGCAUAUUUGCAUGUAAUUAUAUCAAAGUGAUGGUCGUCUGUCUAAAGAAUUAGAGAGGGCUGCAGACCUUCACGACGUUACGAUGGUGUCAAAU